CUCCAGUGGUCGGUGUGCAGCAGGCGGUCGACCUCUCUCGCGAGUUGAUCGAUUGUGUGAAGGUCGAGCAAGCGCGCGAGCGAACAUGGUGGUCAAGGUCGGCAUCAAUGGUUUCGGCCGCAUCGGAAGGCUGGUCCUGAGGGCUUCCCUCAACCACCCCAACGUGCAGGUCGUUGCUGUGAACGACCCCUUCCUGGAUCCCGAGUACAUCGUCUACCUCUUCAAGUACGACACCGUGCACGGCAAGUACAAGGGCGAAGUCGGUCUGUCCGCUGACAAGAAGCUGGUCGUCGAUGGCAAGGAGAUCGCCAUCUUCGCUCUCAGAGACCCUGCGGCGAUCCCAUGGGGACAGGCAGGUGCCGAGUAUGUGGUGGAGUCCACCGGCGUGUUCACGGACAAGGACAAAGCGGCUGCUCAUCUGAAGGGCGGCGCCAAGAAGGUGGUCAUCUCUGCUCCCUCUGGCAACGCCCCGAUGUUCGUUAUGGGCGUGAACGAGGAAAAGUACACGCCCGAUCUGGACGUCAUUUCCAACGCGAGCUGCACUACCAACUGCCUGGCGCCUCUGGCCAAGGUCAUGAACGACAACUUCGGCAUCGUCGAGGGMCUGAUGACCACCGUACACGCCGUGACGGCCACGCAGAAGACGGUCGACGGGCCAUCUGGCAAGGACUGGCGGGGCGGGCGCGGAGCCGGGUUCAACAUCAUUCCCAGCGGAACGGGCGCCGCGAAAGCCGUGGGCAAGGUUCUUCCCGAGCUGAAUGGCAAGCUGACGGGCAUGGCUUUCCGUAUCCCCACGGCUGACGUGUCGGUGGUCGAUCUGACGGUGAGGCUGGCGAAGAGCGCGRCGUACGAGGAGAUCAAGGCUGUGAUUAAGAAGGCCUCGGAGGGCGAUCUGAAGGGUAUCUUGGGGUACACGGAGGACGAUGUGGUGUCGUCGGAUUUCAUCGGCGAUGUUAGGUCGAGCAUCUUCGACGCCAAGGCGGGCAUUGCCCUGAGCGGCAACUUCGUGAAACUGGUGUCCUGGUACGACAACGAGUGGGGAUACUCCAACCGCGUGGUGGAGUUGAUUGAGCACAUCUCCAAAGUUUAAUUAAGAGAGUGUGCGUAGGUAGCAAGUAUUUAGGAGUGUACAUGGGAUACUGGCUUCGAGGGUAUUGGCUUCACCAUCGGCAGUCGCCGACCGCGGGGAGUGGCGUAUGCGAUUUGGUUCGGCCGUUUCACUGUUGUGCGUUUUUCGUUGCAUUGUAGUAGUCUGGGGAUUAGGAAGGGUUUCAGGUUGAGCACCAAUCAAUUACAUUAGGUCGU